AUGUUCACCGAAAAGGGAAUCUUUCCCAUAAGCGAUGGCCUUUUGGAUGUAGAUGCCGAACGCUUUAACGGAUUGCUCGUGUCGCAUGACAUCAACGAGAUCUACGAGGUGGAACAGACGCCGUUUGCCAGGGGCAAAUUCGCCGCCGUUCGCCGUGCCAUUCACAAGAACACGGGCUCCCAUUUCGCGGCAAAGUUCUUGAAGCGACGCCGACGCGCACAGAGCAGCGACAAGGAGAUCAAACACGAGAUCGCCGUCCUAAUACUCUGCGAGGGCGAGGAGAACAUUGUCAAUCUGAAUGCGGUGCACGAGACCCGUUCGGACACAGCCCUGCUGCUGGAACUGGCCACUGGUGGCGAGCUGCAGACCAUACUGGACAACGAGGAGUGCCUGACAGAGGCCCAGGCCCGCCACUGCAUGCGAGAGGUGCUGAAGGCUCUCAAGUUUCUCCACGACCGAUCCAUUGCCCACCUGGACCUCAAGCCACAGAACAUUUUGCUCGCCGGCGAGCGUAUUGAAGAUGGCCUCAAGCUCUGUGACUUUGGGAUCUCGCGCGUUGUGUGCGAGGGCAUCAAUGUCCGCGAGAUGGCCGGCACACCCGACUACGUGGCCCCCGAGGUGCUGACGGACAUCUGGUCCGUGGGCGUUCUCACCUAUGUCUUGCUCUCCGGCUUCUCGCCCUUUGGCGGGAACACCAAGCAGGAGACCUUCCUCAAUAUCUCGCAGUGUGCGCUCACCUUUCCGGACAACCUAUUUGGUGGCGUCUCGCCAGUGGCCAUCGAUUUCAUACGCCGCGCAUUGCGAAUUAAGCCAAACGAUCGCAUGAGUGCCGCUGGAUGCCUGGAACAUGUCUGGCUGAAGGAUGAGAGCUCGAUGGAUAGACAAAUCAAUGGGAGCGUUAGCAGCAUCUCAAAAAUACCCAUUGCCACCGGGAAGCUCCUGGGAAGCCCCAUAAGCAGCACCAGCACCAGCACAGAGACAACGACAGCCAUACACACGCUGACCAGCAAUGGACACGGACAGAGCAACACGGUCUGCCUGUCCGCCAAGCCCACUCAGAUCGUGACACCCACACGUCGAGCCUCCGACUCGGACAAGGAGAACACAUACACGGCGACAUUUGUGAAGAAGCCCCCGGUGCAGGCCACCAUCCAGCUGGGCAGCAACGGCCUCGACGAGUUCGCCACAGUGGUGGCCACCCUGACACUCUUUCCCGAUGCGCCCACCACACCGAAAGUGAUCCGCAAGGCACCCACGGGAGAGUCCCAUGGAUCGGCCACCUCGGUGAAGGCUCUUGUCAAGAAGUUUCAGCUGGAGGAGACGCUAGAUGCUGGCGUCCGCGGCUCACACCAGCCAUCCGCCCUCACAUAA